UGCACGGAUCCGAGGAACCAUGAGCCUCACAUCCAGCUCGAGGAGAAGCGGUGAAUCCCGCAGGUACCGAGCACGAGCCCCCACCUCCGAGGUGGACGAGACCCUGUUUGGUAACACCAUACCGAUAUCACCAGACAAAUGUGAACACUCAGCCUCCAAGGGCCAGGGUCAAAACCAAAAGAUCAAAGGGGGAGAGACGGUUCAAGUCAUCACCAAAGACCUGAUUCGGAACCUCAGGGUCUCUCUGAAGGAUCCUUCAGGACAAUCCAUUAUUCUCCCACCAGCUGAGUUUAAGAGGAUCAUGUCCACAUCCCAGGUUCUCACCCAGGAGCAGUGGAUGGAGGCUUAUCAGAGGAAGAGGGAAGAAGAAAUAAAAGCUGCUGAGGAGAGGAAGCGUCAGAUCUUUGAGGCAGACAUGUCCCGUAAAGUGAACCCUGCACUCACUGAUCUUGAACUGGAGGCUCAGGAGCGGGCGCAGCGAUUGGUGGAGCAGGCCACCAUCCUGAGGAUGGAGCAGGAGGAGGAGAUCAAAGAGCUCAACAAGCAAAUUCUGGGCGCUCAGUGCCAAGCCAUCUGUGAUGCCCAGAUCCAAGAGAAGAAGUUGAUCCAGGCGGAGAUGUCAGAGGAGGAGAAGCGUCUGGACGUCAUGAUGGAGGUGGAGCGCCGCAGGGCCCUGGAGACUGUGGAGCAGAUUGAGGAGCUGAACAAACAGCAGAGGAUCAGUGGAAUGCAGCAGAUCUAUGACCAAAUCCAGCAGCGUCUGGAGGACAAGCAUUUGCAUGAAGAGAUGAAAGAACUGGAGAAGCAGCACGUCCGAGAGAACCAGGAGAGAAUGAACCUGCAAGACCUCCAGGCCCUGGUGAGGAAGAGGGAGGAGCAGCAGCAUCUGCAGGAGGAGGUGAUGCGGAUCAAUGCUGAGACCAUGCAGGCCAAGGAGCAGAGGAAGGAGGAGGAGAAGCUGGCAGAUAUAAGAGACAUGGCAUACAUCCGGAAAAAACAGGAGCGUGAGGCGGAAUUUGAAGCAGAGCAGAGACGAAUCAAGAAGGAGAAGGAGCUGGAGAUCGCCAGACUGAGGGCAAAGCAAGAAAAAGCCAAAGACUACAAGGCCGAGCAGGAUGGGCUCCAGGCUCGGAGGAACCAGCAGAUCAAAGACAGAGAGUGGAGGCGUAAAGAGAAGGAGCUGGCCGUGAAGAAGGCACAGGACGAGGCCUUGCUAAAGGCGGCUCGUCUGGAGCAGGUCCACUGCAAAGAGCACUUCCUGUCGAAGGAGGCCGGUCGGGAGAAGGCCGAAUUUGAGAGGGUGCUGAAGGUGCAAGCGGAAGCAAGAGCCAAACAGAUGGAGGAGGAGGAGAAUCAGCGUCAGAAAGCGCUCCGUCACUCGGAGGCCAUCCGGCAGCAGGUGAGGGAACGUGAGCUCUCGGCUGUAGCCAGACGCAGAGAGGUGUUCAAGGAGGCCGACCAGCUGAUGGAAGAGGCCCGGCAGAGACGCCUGCGCAUCGUCGCGUUCAAGGAGAAGAAGCUGAAGGAGCUGAAGGCGACAGGGCUCUCUGAAAAGUACUGCAGUGAAGUGGAGAGGAAGGCGAGGGCCUGCGUACUCUGA